AUGGAAGAGAGUGACGAACAUGAUGAGCCUAUUUCAGCAGGGAGGCAAGAAAUUCGAAAGAGAAGAAAACCCAGCCAACCAAUGGUAGACAAAUCACAACAGACUGAAGUGACAGAGAAAAAGAAACACCUGUCCAUACCACAAUCAUGUGACCCCAAAGCUACCCUUGGAAUUAGUAAUAUUCCUGUAAGCAAAGCCAACUAUGAGUCUCUUAGAGUAUCCUCUCAGCUUCAGCAAACUUGGACAAAGAGAAAGCGUGUGCAAGAUAUGACUGAUAAAUCUCUGCAGACAGACACUAAUGGAGAAGAGAAAAAAGAUAUAAAGUCAGUUGCUGCAACAGUAGUACUUGAAGAAAAGCCAGCUGCUGUUGGAGAAGCAGCUCCUGAAUUUCUAGAGACUGUUCAUGAAGUUGAAAUUCCACCAAGCAAACACUCAGGUCAACUCAAAACAGACAGACCUGAGCAGACCAGUUGUACCGGAGACAGGACAAUGAUGAACAUUCCUCAAAUGGAAAAAGCAGACAAAGAACAGGAGAGGUACUUUGGUGAAUCUGAAAUAGUGGUUACUGGCAAGCCAAGCAGUUCUUUUUCAAAGUCAGAGGAGGGUGUGCAGAAACAUAAAUCCACAGGGAAUAUUUUCAUUACUGAACAACCUGCAACAAGUAGAAAGGAAGAGAUUUGGCAGAAAAGUAACAACAGGUCUUCAUUUAGUCAACAAAUGAAGAAAGGUACUUCAGUACUUUCAUAUGAGUAUGAUUUUCCUGCUGAAGUAGAGCCACCUAGUGUAGAAAAGACCCCUCCUGAAGUGCAGUCUCCACCAGCUGAGAAGACUACUGCAGAAGAGGCCCCUGAUGAACGUCAACCUCCACCAGCUGAGGUGGCUCCUGCAGAUGAGGCCCCUGAUAAAGUAGAGCCUAUCCUUGCUGAAGAGUCUCCUUUAGAAGUGCUUCCCUCUGAAAUUCAGCCUCCAAUAGCUGAAGAGGCUCCUGUUGAAAUACAGCCUUCCCAAGCUGAAGAAACUCUUACAGAGAAAGUCCCUGCUGAAGUUCAGUCUCUACCAGCUGAGGAGGCCCCUCAAGAAGAGGCCUCCACUGGUGUUCGGUCUCCACCAGCUGAGGAGAUCCCUGUAGGAGAGGUCCCAGGUAAAGUAGAACCUACCCCAGCUGAAGAGGCUCUUUCAGAAGAGCCUUCUGCUUACAUUUAUCCUCCAUCAACAGCAGAGGCUCCUACACAAGAGGCCACAGAAUUUCCACCUCUGCCACCUAUGGAGGCCCCAGCAGAAUGGAUCCCAGCUGAACUUCCACUUCCAUCAGCUGAAGAGACUCCUACUGAGAAGAUCACUGCAGGAGAUGCCCCUUUCAAAGUUCAAUCUCUAAGAACUGAGGAGUUCCCUGUGGAAGAUCAGUCUCCACCAUCUGAGGAGUUCCCUGCAGAAGUCCCAGCUGAAGCUCAGUCUCCGCUUGCUGAGGGGCUCCCCGCAGAGGAGGCCCCAGCUGAAGCUCAGUCUCCGCUUGCUGAGGGGCUCCCCGCAGAGGAGGCCCCAGCUGAAGCUCAGUCCCUGCCCGCUGAGGGGCUCCCCGCAGAGGAGGCCCCAGCUGAAGCACAGUCUCCGCCCGCUGAGGGGCUCCCCGCAGAGGAGGCCGCAGCUGAAGCACAGUCGCCGCCCGCUGAGGGGCUCCCCGCAGAGGACGCUGCAGCUGAAGCUCAGUCGCCGCCCGCUGAGGGGCUCCCCGCAGAGGAGGCCCCAGCUGAAGCACAGUCGCCGCCCGCUGAGGGGCUCCCCGCAGAGGAGGCCCCAGCUGAAGCACAGUCGCCGCCCGCUGAGGGGCUCCCCGCAGAGGAGGCCCCAGCUGAAGCUCCGUCUCCGCUUGCUGAGGGGCUCCCCGCAGAGGAGGCCCCAGCUGAAGCACAGUCGCCGCCCGCUGAGGGGCUCCCCGCAGAGGAGGCCGCAGCUGAAGCUCAGUCGCCGCCCGCUGAGGGGCUCCCCGCAGAGGAGGCCCCAGCUGAAGCCCAGCCUAUGCCAGAUGAGGAGGCUUCCGCAGAAGAGACUCCUGCUGAACUUCAGCUUCUAGAAAAUGAAGAAGCUACUUUAGAAAUGGUCCCUGCGGACAAACAGCCUCCAUCAUCUGAAGUAGCCUCUGUUACACACAUCUCUAUAAAAGGCUCCCCUGAUGUUGUUCAGCCUCCACUGUCUGAACAAACCCCUGCAGAUGAGGGUCUGGUAGAGACUAUGUCUACUAAAAAUCAAUCUUCCAAAAUAAUAGAUGUCCCAGUGGUAAAAUCAGAAUCAACAACUUUAAAAAAUGAGCCAAAAUCUGGAGAGCCUUUAGCACAGGAAUAUUCCUGA